AUAUUGGGGCGUUCAUUGAUGACGACGUUUAUAGACAUUUCUAUAAAUUGCUUCACAACAACAUUGCCGAUACAUUGCAAGUCAAAGUGGUGUAUGAAGAUAAAAAAAAUUAAAGAGAUUCAUUCAAAAUGAUAUCACAGUAUAUGGAAGAAUUGGAGCAGGAUCCAUUUGAUGUGGCCGAGUUUAUUGAACGAUUGACAUGGCGAACAAAUAACGAAGUGGGCAGCGAUCAAUUUGAUUCGAAAUUUUUGCACGACACAUUUUCGCAAACGAUAAAAGAUUUAAAAAUAUUGCAAGAGCGUCAACAACGAAAAUGCGAACGAUUGGAAGAGAUUUUACGCGAUGAACAAACAAUUCAUGCAAAAAAUAUCGAAAAAUUACAAGAAAGACAUCAAACAUCGGUCGAAUGGUUCCAUCAAUUGGAUGAGAAAAUCAAUUCGGUAGCUGGUAAAAUAAUACAUUUGGGCGAACAAUUGGAAAAUGUAAAUACGCCAAGAAGUCGAACCGUUGAAGCACAACGUCUUCUAAAUCAUAUGCGAGAAUUUCUGAUGCGCGGUCCAAUUGUAAAUGAUUUAUUCAAUGAUAAUAGUCGAUUGUAUGAAGCGGCCGAUGUUAUUCAAAAAUUGUACACAAUUGCACAAGAUUUACCAGCCGAUAAAUUCAGCGAGGCAAAGAAAAAGAUCGAAAUGAAAUAUGAUGAAAUCGAACGGAAUUUAAUCGAUGAAUUUGCAACGGCACAAAAACAAGAGAACAUUGAUAAAAUGAAGACGAUUGCAACAAUUUUAUCACAGUUCAAAGGCUAUUCACAAUGCAUCGAUGCGUACAUUGAACAAAGUCAAAUGACAACAUAUGGCGAAAAGAGUUUAUUUGCACAAAUUUUACCAAUGUGCCGACAUCAUUAUGCGAUAAUAAAACGUGUAUUCAGUAGUCCCGAUCAAGUUAUGUCAAAAUUCAUAUUGAACAUUUAUCAGUUGAAAUUGUUGCAAUUUGCUCAAACGAAAUUGGAAGAUCGUCGCGAUGAUGAUAAAUAUUUGCGCACUCUUUACGAUUUAUAUUCGCAAACGCGACGAGUUAGCACUGAUUUGGACGAAUUUGAAAUUGACAUGGAUGAUAAUUACACAUCAAAACUAACAAGCAGAAUAUUUCAUCAAUACCUUGGCACAUAUAUUGAAGUUGAGACACGAAGUCUGAAUGCAAAAUGUUCACUCGAACUAAAGCGAUUCUAUGAAAGUAAAAAGCAUCAAAAGAAACAGGCCGAACGUUUUCAAGAUUUGAGGCGAGACGUUCAAGCACUGAUCGGUACGCGAGCCAAUAUAAACAUUGCGCAAAUCGAAGAUUACGGCGGCGAAACAUUCAUAUCCGAAGAACUAGCAAUUAAUUUAUUACAAGAAUCCAAAGCUGCUUUCAAACGAUGCAGAUUGUUAUCUAAAGAGGAAGAUCUUCCGGCGAACAUAAUUCGUUUGGCCGACAUUUUACUACGUUAUUUAAUGCACGAACAUGUUGACUAUGCAAUCGAUUUGGGAUUACAAGCGAUUCCAAUUGCUGAAAAUAAAACGGUGCCGCAAAUUUAUUUCUUCGAUGUUGUGCAAAAAAGCAACACAAUCGUGCAUCUACUGGAUAAACUAUAUGCAGCCAGUGUGAUUCCAUGUGUUGAAUCAACAUCAAAAUAUACAGAAUGUUUGACCAAAAAGCGAUACAUGCUCGAGCAAAUUGAAAGCAAACUCGAUAUGGGACUGGAUCGUUCAAUAAAUGCCAUUCUUGGAUGGGUGAAAACCUAUCUGCAAAGUGAACAACGUAAAACUGAUUUCAAAAUAGAACCAGAAAGUGAUUGCGACACAGUCGCCUCAAAAGCGUGUAAGGAUGUUGUUAAGAAUAUUAAGCCAAUCAUGAAACAAAUACAAAAGUGUUUGGAUGGCGAAAAUUUGAAAAGUGUGUUCAACGAAAUUGGCGUUCGACUUCAUCGCACCAUUUAUGAGCAUCUUCAACAAUUUCAAUACACCGAACCGGGUGCAUUGUGUGCACUAUGUGAUGUUAACGAGUAUCGAAAAUGUGUUCGAGAGAACUUCAACAGUCCAAUGGUAACGCAACUGUUUGAUAUUUUACACGCUCUCUGCAAUUUGCUAUUGGUGAAGCACGAAAAUCUACAAGAAGUCUGUGACGGAGAAACUCUGAACUAUCUGGAUAAAUCAGUCGUUUUGAACUUUAUUCAACUGAGAAGCGACUAUAAAACAAUUAAAAUUACAAAUUCGCUGAAAGGAAUAUCCGAGCAAAGAGUCCAAAUUUAAUCGAAUUAUGUUAGAUCAUUUCUGUUGAUUGCGUUUUAAUUAAAAUUAAUUCAAAUAUACUGUUAAUCGCUAAUAAAAAACCAAACAUUUACACAAUUGUGUGGCAUUUGAGAAA